AUGGCAAUGUAGCUUGACUGUUAGUGGUCCCUCACAGACUUAAUUACUAAGGUGUUUUUCCGCGGGGAGGAGCAACCAGAGGAGCAGAGUAGCGUACUAGACACUUGCACUUGGAAAGCGAAGGCACAACGCGCGCUCCGUGGAGACGCUCGACAGUCACGCCAUGAUAUUCGAAUUAUUCAAAUGACCGAAUAAUUAUACUACUAUCAUUUGCUUUCGUAAUAUUUCUACAGAACGUUCGCAUUUAAUUUAUAGUCGCGCUGACUUUUUUCAGAGAACCUUUUGUUAUGGUUUGGGGGAUAUAGUUGAGCUAAAUGUAAACGCACAGAGAAAUUCAGAAUGCACUAGGUUAUGCGCUGCAAUUCUAAUGUUAACUGCAGAGAUAUCCACAACAAUGUCACAGGCUGAGGUUGAUAUGGCUGGUCUUGGCUUCCCGAAGUUGCCUGCAGGUUUUGACGCGGACUCGUUCUUCCCAGCUCGCCUGCCGCCGAGACGAAGGAGACACUCGGCAAACUCCAGGAGAAAUGCCUACAGGUUUAACAAACUCCAUACCAUGGACGUAGAGCAACAGGAGAGCAUCGCACCAUUGACGAAAACUCUUUCAUGGUCAGCCGACAACAUUUUAUCGGAAAGUACCAACGAGGAGAAAAAGACGGACUCUUCACCUCCAAUGUCACCUGUCUCCAGCUCACCACCUGAGACGCAAGACUCGGACCCGCGACCGACUGAUUCCUGGGCCACCGAGGAGCCCAGCGCACAGGAGGCUGAUGCCAGCUCGGACUCCGAUGAUGAAAGCACCCAGAAGAAAGCUGUUUUGUCAAGAGCCCUGUUUGAGAGUAAACGCGAGCAGGAGGAAAAGGAUGAGGUUGAGACUAAAGCUGUGGCGACUUCACCUGAUGGAAGGUUUCUGAAAUUCAACAUUGAGAUCGGAAGGGGGUCUUUUAAGACCGUCUACAAAGGCUUGGAUACGGAGACCACCGUGGAGGUCGCUUGGUGUGAACUGCAGACCCGAAGGCUGACGAAAGUGGAACGGCAGCGUUUCAGUGAAGAGGUGGACAUGCUGAAGUGCCUGCAGCAUCCAAACAUUGUCCGUUUUUACGACUCCUGGAAGUCCACAAUGAAAGGGCAGAAGUGCAUUAUCCUUGUGACGGAACUCAUGACGUCAGGGACUCUGAAGACGUAUCUGAAAAGGUUCAAAGAGAUGAAGCUAAAGCUCCUCCAGCGUUGGAGUCAUCAGAUCCUCAAGGGCCUUCACUUCCUGCACACCCGAACACCUCCCAUAAUCCACCGAGACCUUAAAUGUGACAACAUCUUCAUCACUGGCCCUACUGGAUCUGUUAAGAUUGGUGAUUUGGGCCUAGCCACUCUCAAGAGUGCCUCAUUUGCUAAGAGUGUCAUUGGAACCCCAGAGUUCAUGGCUCCAGAGAUGUACGAGGAGAAAUAUGAUGAAGCUGUGGAUGUUUAUGCCUUCGGCAUGUGCAUCCUGGAGAUGACCACAUCAGAGUACCCUUACUCAGAGUGCCAAAACGCUGCACAGAUCUACCGCAAAGUCACCAGUGGAAUGAAGCCAGACAGUUUUUACAAAGUGAAAGUCCCUGAACUGAAAGAGAUAAUUGAGGGAUGCAUCCGGAUGAACAAAGACGAAAGGUACACAAUCCAGGACCUGUUAGAGCACACCUUCUUCCAGGAGAAUAAUGGUGUCCAUGUUGAGCUGGCUGAGGAAGACGACAUGGUGAAGUCUGGCCUUAAACUCUGGCUUCGGAUGGACGACACCAAGAAGCUCCAUGGCAAAUACAAGGACAACAAUGCCAUCGAGUUUCUAUUCGAACUCUACAAGGAUGUCCCGGAGGAGGUGGCUCAGGAGAUGGUUGUUCUUGGCUUUGUCUGUGAGGCUGACUACAAGCUUGUGGCCAAAGCCAUCCGUGACCGUGUCACCGCUAUCAAACGCCAACGAGAGAAACUCCGCCGUCAGGCCGAAGAGGUGCAGAGGCGGCGUCAAGAGGAAGUGAUUGAGGAAGAACUGGAACCUAGUCUUGAAGCCGAAUCUUCAGUUUCUAACCCACCAGCUCCAAAACCUCCUGUAGAGACGCCCGUAUCCACCUCUACACAAGCUCCACCCACUGUCACGGUGUCAGGUCCCAUUUCUGUGCCUGCAAAUGAAUCUCUGGACUCUGGAUUCAACGUCAGCUUUGCCACUGAACCCGAGGAGCCGGAAGCGGACCAGCGGCAACAUUUCAAUAUACGCCAUACCAGCUACUCAUCAGCAACAUCUGACUGUGAGACGGACGGCUACCUCAGCCCCUCUGGGCUUCAGGAACCUUCAGAAUCUCGAGCUCCUGUAACAAACCAACCCUCCACAGCUCCUCAACCAACCAGCGGAGCACCUCGUGUGGAAACCCCACCCGUUGAAGCCCCACCCACUGAAGCCCCUCCCACUCCAGCUGCUGCAAUACCAGCUCUCCGUUUCCCCUCGAGCAUUGCUGUGUCCCAAAAUACAGAGAGGACCCAGUCAGGAAGUGCCAGUGGUUUUUCCUCUCCUGUCGACAGUUACGCUUCUGAUGUCACCUCUGGUUUGAGUGACGGAAACGAGGGUCUUUCGGAGAAGAGCGGGAAAGGUCAGAACAAACGCACAGGAACCAAGCUGCUCAGGAAGAGAGCUCGCUCACGGCUACGCAUCACUGGGCUGUCAGAUAAAGUGGAUCGGGUUGUAGAGUGUCAACUACAGACCCAUAACAGCAAGAUGGUGACAUUUAAAUUCGAUCUGGAUGGAGACAACCCAGAAGACAUUGCUACAGUGAUGGUACAUAAUGAGUUUAUCCUACCUGGGGAGAGAGAAGGUUUCAUCCACCGCAUGAGGGACAUUAUCCGUCGGGCAGAGGCACUGAUGAGGAGAGAGCCUUUGGAACCGCUCGGCCCAAGAGACAACGCUCAUCUGCCUUACCUGAGCGGAGUCGGCACACUGUCUGGUUCACAGCCCAAUCUCUACACACAGGGCCUUGCUCGCACGCACUCCUCUUCCUCGUUGCCAGAUUAUGCUGGUCCAGUGACCCGGGGUUCCUCUCCUACCCUGAGCGCAGACUUUUAUGUUGAUCCUGAUGCUGUUCCACCUGUCCGGCCCCUGCGUUCACAAUCCUUCCACACUACAGGUUCCUCACAGACCUAUCAGUCUUCUGUGCCCAACUACCCACAGUACUCCCACCCUGAUGUUCUGCCACAUCUGCCAAAUCAGAUGUCUGGCGUGCCCCCUCAGUUCACCAAACCACCUUACGUUCAGAACACCCACUUCCCCUACCCCUACCAAAUGGAUCACUCCUCCCUUAAAAGUUCCCUCAACCCAAGUCCACUGACCCGUGUCCCCAGCAACCCAAACUUCUCCUCUUCUUCUUCGUCCUCUUCUGUUGUUUCACCAGUUCAGCAGUGCUAUGAGAUGGCGCCUCAAGCAGAAUCCAACACUCUGCCACUUCCAGUGGCCCCUCCACCUGGUCCGCAAGCUGCAGGCAUGUGGCCAUCGCCUUCCCAGCAGCCUUUUAUUUCCCUGGCCAAUGUUCUUUCUCUAGCUAUGAACUUUGCACAGUCCAUCAUACCCGCUGGAUCCAUCCCUCAAGGUUUCCACCCGCAAAUGACCCCUCAACCAGGGUACGGCCCCAUGUAUCCAGCUCAGCAUGCAAGCAUGAGCAACUCCGAUAUUCCAUACCACCAGGGGGCAAUGAGCGGACAGUAUAUGGAUAUGUUCCAAUACCCUGCUCAUACGCAGAUUCCGGCACCAGUUCCUGAACCUCAAGAAGGGAACCAAACAGUAUCUCCAACAGUAGUCCCUCUUGGGGAGGCAAGAACAGGCAUGCCUCCUGAGAUUAAACAGCCAAUUCCCACAAACCCGAGCUCUUCUUCAGUGUCCAGAAGUAGCCCACUUCCAGAGAGCCAGUCUAACCUCAUAGGGCAGCUCAGAGAGCGGGCAGACAGUUCAGCAUCAAGCACCCGCACCCCAUCCACCACAAGCUCACCAGCAUCCUCCACAUCCCCCAGCCCACAAAACACUGUGUCACCGCCUGUCCCAAGGUCCUCCCCCACUCUAUCCAUGUCUCUGGCAGUGUCUGAAACAAAUACCAUUGCAGCAAAAUCCAGACUCUCACCUAUAUCUGAAGAGAAAAAGUCCAUUGUCACAGUGGGACGGUUCCAAGUCAGUCCAAGCAAGGAGAUCCCCAUUCCAACUCCCAGCCCGACCCCCAGUCUGACGCCAACUCCCACCCCUACAGCUACGCCAACAUCCACGCCAACUCAAACAUGUCCUAUAAAAGUUCCCCAGAUCUUGCCCCCCACACACAACAGCCAAUCAGACAGCACCACAGAUUUACAGGCAGAAUCAGAAAGCAGUCCCAGCUCUCUGGAGAAAUCACCACCACAUACCAAACGGCCCAGUGAGACUUUGCCCAGCUCAGACAGUGCCCCCUUGUGGACCGGAGAAACUAACACCCUGGACAGAAAAGUUGUAGAACCAGACGAGAGGCGUGGAGGUGAAGAAGAGGAGGAGGUGGAGGAGGAGACAGAAAGGAGGCGGAGGAGGAUAAGUGUGAGUUUGCUGGACAGUUCAGCCGGGAGUCCUCAGUUCAGUCUAAAUCAGCCGUGGAUGAGCUACACGCGCAGCACAUCAUACGCCAGCAGCGACGAGACAGAGAGUGAAGACGAGGAAAUGUAUGAGGAGCUACAGGAACUCAGAGAGAGACAUGUGGCAGAGGUGCAGGCUCUCCAGGCCUCUCAAAAGCAAGAGAUUGAGGAGCUCUACAAACGGAUGGGGAAAGUGCCCCCUCCGGGAAUCGUGUCCCCAGCGGCCAUGUUGUCCAGUCGCCAGCGCCGUCUGUCUAAGAGCGGAGGGUACCCCACUUCUCGCCGAAAUAGCCUGCAAAGAUUGGAGAUACUGCCACCUACAGGUACCAUAGGUAUCAUACGGAAGAACUCAGUGAGCGGCAGCAGCAGCGGGUCACAGGAGAGGACCAGUAAAGGAGUGACCUUUGCCACUGAUUACGCCAGAAUUUGAUUUGAUUUGCUGAGGAGCUCUUUGGCCCCCGUCCUAUUCUUGUUAUGGAUUGAAGUGACAACACUGCGUCCUCAUGAAACUGCAUGUGUGAGCACAUGUUUGUAGAACGAAGAGUGUUUUCUUCACAGGCUGUGAUGUGAAUAUUUUAACCAGUAUACCUCUGCUCAGUAUUCUAAGGAUGACUUGCUUACCUAGUGAGCUUUCUGAAGAGACACGGGAUUUGAAAGCAGACUAUAUACAUGAAACGUGUUUAGAGAUGCGAUGUAGCUGAUCUCAGCACUGAUUUAUGGAGAAAUGCCCACUCGUUUUCAGCUAUAGCACCCCCGGUGGUUGAAUGUAUUAAUUGCAAAUGUGUUUUUACUUAUUAGGCAGUCCAUGUGGUUGCUCUUUUCGCUAUAAUUUUGUCCAUAUUGCAUUAAUUAUAGCUCAACUUGUCAGUUAAUUUUUAUUUUCAAACUCCCAGGAAGUCAUAAAUACCUGAACGAAUCGGUACUGUAAACAGUUUAACUUUUUUUCUUUUGGAAAAUUACGAUGCAAUUGAAUGCAUGCAAGAACUUUUAGGCCUCACUGUAGGUUUGCUUUUACAUAAAACAGUAUCAUGUAUAUAUUUGACAAUGUAAAAACGUUCAUUAUAGAUUUCAGUUCAAAUGUGACUUUGUUGCUUAAAUAUUUUGCACACACCAAUUGCACAAAUAGUUUUUAUAAAAAAACCCAUAACUCGCAGUAUUGAUUAUGAUUUUAUUUCUCUUUUUUGAUAGAGAACCUUCCUAUUUCUCUCUGAUUGUUGUAGUUAUUCUGAGUAUCCACAUCAUAAAACAAUGCAGAAUGCAAGUUCUGGAAUCAUUGUAAUAUUUAAAUGAGGGUAAUAAGCAUAUUUUAAUGUGCUUAUCAGUCAAAUCUCAUUUAGAUGUUGCAUAAAAGUGACUGAAUAAAUGGAUUUCUGUAGAUAUCAAUCUAAACAAAGUAUCUAAAUCCAACUUUUAGAGAACAAAUAGUGGACAAUCACUCAAAUAAACCUAAAUGCAAUUCAUUAAAUACCCAUACUGCCAUUUUUUGUUUUGUUUUCUAUAUUAUAAAUUAUACAUUUAGUUUUAAUUUUAGAUGGUACUGAUUAAAAAUUUAAUUCCUCCCAAUAUUAAAACCUAUCAUACAGUGAAUUUGCUUUGAAACUCUUCUUAACCGUCUUAAUGCUUUUCCUUUUGUUAUUCGUAUCUUAAUAGUUAAUAGAGUGUGAAAUGAAGAUGUUAACUCGUGUUUUCUUAAUUGAAAGACGAAAUACAAGCAAACACUGACACAUCGCACUUUUCUGCAAGGCGUUUGCCAGUAGAUGAUCUGUAUAUAAGGACAGGGAUGAAUUACGGCGUGUCUAAGAUUAUAUUCCACUGCCUAUGCAGCGAUUUUACAUAUAUAUUAAUGUGUGAAGACAAAAAGAAACAUUGACAACUGAGAAACUGUGAAGUUUGAACAAUUGUUGCCUUAAAGUAUCUGCGUUUGAUGGGACAGCAGGUGUGUUCUACUGCAUAGCAAGAAAAGAUUUAUAUAAUAUAGAUAUAUUUAGAUAAAGAGAAAAGCUGUAUUAUAUUAUGUGGGGGAAAAAUGUUAUACUGCCAUUCUGCCUCUUUUUUCCUUUUUUUUUUACUCUGAUUUCUGGAUGAAACAUGAUUGUUGUAAAUAUACAAAUAAAUAAUGAUUCACAAAAAAA